UGGCGGCGGGGGGUGUUGGGCAAUGGCGGCGGGGCCCAGCCAGGCACUCACACGCAGCUGCUCGGACAACCAUGUCAGAAGAUGACGGAUACAAUUGUCGCGGAGGGACAAGUCAAGUUUAGAGAUGGAAAAAAGUGGAAGACUCGGUGGGUCGUCAUUCGGAAGCCGUCUCCAGUCGCAGAUUGUCUGUCUGUGCUGGCCUAUAAAGAAAGAAAAGCCAAGGAGCGAGCAGGCCACAAGGAUCGUCUCGGUGUGACGUUGGAGGGCAUCUUUGGUGUGGAACCUGGACCUGGCUAUGAUGGAGUCAGCUACACUCUCUCCAUAAUCUGCCAAGCACACACUCUGGUGCUGGGCUUCCACAGUCGAGAAGCUCUCCAUGCCUGGGACGCCCGUGUACGCUACAGCCUGGGAGAAGUCCACAGAUUCAGUGUCAAUGUGGAACCAGGUACUAAAGUGGAGAGGGGCCCCGCUUCUCUUCACCUGUGCAACAACCUACUGGCCCUCACCAGAGGUCUGCCUCCUGUCAUCAUUGGGCACUGGAAGUUGUCUACAUUGCGUAGAUAUGGUGCUGUGCCAAAUGGCUUCGUGUUCGAGGGCGGGACUCGCUGCGGAUACUGGGCUGGAGUUUUCUUCUUGUCCUGCUCAGACGGGGAGCAGAUCAGUUAUCUGUUUGACUGUGUCGUUGGUGGCAUCACCCCCAGCAAGGUCCCACAUGGGCUGCGGCCUUCCCUGCCAGCAGAGACUCUCAGCACUGAGCCAGCAUCAACAGAAGAUCGGAUCAAGCAGGAGACUUCAGACCUGGAGAAAAGACUCAGCAUGCUGUCGACUUGCAGCCUAGCAAGCAGCACAGCUUCCACCUACAGCUGCAGCACAUCUGUUGCCGGGGACGACCGCAGCAGCAUUUCCAGCUCCUCUUCAGGCCAAUCGGACACAAGCUACGGGAGCCGGCUUCCUUUCUGGGUGGAGCCGUUUGCGAAGUUACACCACUCCAGUGAGACUGCGUCAAGCUCUUCCACGCUGAGGCCCUUGACCAGCUCAGAUGACCGUCUCUACGCUGCUGUGAUGGGAUGCCGAGCUGCGUCCUCCACCCAGCCCCAUCCUCGUGGUCUCCUGGACAGCGGGCGUCAGAGCUCGUUAGACAGCGGCAUUGGAAUAGCGACCGGGAGCUCAGGGAGCUUCUCUUCCUAUACAGGAAGUCUGGACAUGGCCCCUCAGGUAGCGGGAGGGGAGUUUGGCUCCAUGACCAGUCUGCCUGCUCCUACACCCCCAAAUCCUCCUCCCUCACCUUGUCAGGCCACGCCCUUCCUGCAGAAUGCCAUCGGCCCAUUUUGUGCCAAUAGGUGCAGCUCUCAAGCCUCCCAAAGGGAUGAGUGCCAGAAUUCGAGCCCGCGCUACGAUGUUCCCAGGAGUCUCCUCCAGAACUGGAACAUGAGGAACACGUCAGCUAUUAAGAGUGCUGAUGGGCACGGAAGUCAGGACCAAGGAGUGACCGGAAGCUCAAGAGCAUCGAAUCUUGGGCGGCAGACUUCAAUGCAGCGCUCGCUCUCUUGGGGCAGUGAGAGAGUGCCCCCUGGAGGCAGUGUGGAGAUGUCUACCCCUCAGCAGAUGUUUGUGCUGGGAGAAACACAGUGCUUUCAUGGUUUCGAUAACUACAUCACACCUGAGCAGUGGCGCGCUGCAAAGAGUUUAAUGAUUCAGGUUGGCAACUCCUCUUCAAGUCCAUGGCCCUCUGCAGAUCUACUAGACUCCACACUACGACGUGUGAGAGAGGAACACCAUGGCAGUCAGGAUGUAGAUCGGUCCUCUGUUCCAGCCUCCCCUGUCACACUGAGCAUGGCCGGGCCAAAGUCGACAUGCGGCAUGUUCCAGUCUAUAAGUGAAGUUCCAGCAGCUGCCUCGCAGGACACUAAGCACCACCUCAAUUAUGUCAACAUCCCAACAGCUAAAGGGAACAUGGAUCUGACAGAGCCAGACCUGCAGGAGCCUACUUUAUCUCCAGUUUCCAGUCCCAGCUGUCCUGUCACAGAAGAAAGGAUCCGCCAGGUUCACCCUCAUCAACAACGUUGCCAUGGAAACGUCUCCAAGAGUGGCGGUGGAGCACACUCGGGGCUGCCAGUUGACUCAGAGGAACAGCAGGCGGCGAGGGCACCACGCUGACUUGGAUGACACGUCACUUCUCGCAAGUCCUCAUAUUCCAAAGUCCUCAUAGAAAAAGCCAUUCCAAAUACAACAUGAAGAAUAUCACGUGUGGGAUUUGUUGUGUGGAUGCUUAGAUCUGAAUUUAUAAGUUUGCAAUCCUGUACUUAUAAUGGGUAAAACUUUAGUAUGGGCAACAUAUUCCCCAUUAAUUAGUUGCUUAUUAAAAUGCUAAUUAGUAGCAUAUUGACUCUUAAUUAAUCAUUAUGAAGUACUUAUCAAGGGCAGCACAGUGAAACAGUGGUUAGUGCAUGUGCCUCACGAUACAAAGGUCCUGAGUAGGGCUGAGUUCAAUCCCGGGCUCGGGAUCAUUCUGUGUGGAGUUUGCAUGUUCUCCCCGUGACUGCGUGGGUUCCCUCGGGUACUCCGGCUUCCUCCCACCUCCAAAGACAUGCACCUGGGGAUAGGUUGAUUGGCAACACUAAAUGGUCCCUAGUGUGUGAAUGUGAGUGUGAAUGUUGUCUUUCUAUCUGUGUUGGCCUGCGAUGAGGUGGUGACUUGUUCAGGGAGUACCCCGCCUUCCGCAGAAAUGCAACUGAGAUGGGCUCCAGCACCUCCUGCCACCCCAAGGGGGACAGUGGUAGAAAAUGGAUGGAUGGAAGUACUUAUUAAUGCCUUAUUCUGCAUGGCCUUAUUAUACAAGCAUUAGCCAUUAAACUAAGAGUCUUCCCUCAAUAAUCUCAGAAUGAUUGCUUAUAAGUAACCCUAACCUGUAUAAUGUUCCGCUAAUGUCCAAAUAACUAAAUUAAAGGCCUACUGAAAUGAGAUGUUCUUAUUUAAACGGGGAUAGCAGGUCCAUUCUAUGUGUCAUACUUGAUCAUUUCGCGAUAUUGCCAUAUUUUUACUGAAAGGACUUAGUAGAGAACAUCCACGAUAAAGUUCGCAACUUUCGUUGCUAAAAGAAAAGCCCUGCCUCUACCGGAAGUCGCAGACGAUGACGUCACAUGUUGAUGGCUCCUCACAUCCUCACAUUGUCUUUAAUGGGAGCCUCCAACAAAAACAGCUAUUCGGACCGAGAAAACAUUGUGAUUUCCCCUUUAAUUUGAGUGAGGAUGAAAGAUUCGUGUUUGAGGAUAUUGAUAGCGACGGACUAGAAAAAUUAAAUAAGAAAAUAAACAUGUUAAAAAAAAAAACGCGAUUGCAUUGGGACGGAUUCAGAUGUUUUUAGACACAUUUACUAGGAUAAUUCUGGGAAAUCCCUUAUCUUUUUAUUGUGUUGCUAGUGUUUUAGUGAGUUUAAUAUUACCUGAUAGUCGGAGGUGUGUGUCCACGGGUGUCUUGACACCAGUGUCUCAGGGGAGUCGACGGCAGCUUUAUGGGAGGCACAAGCUCAGCUGAUCUCCGGUAAGAAGCGACUUUUUACCACAAUUUUCUCACUGAAACCUGCUGGUUGACAUGUUCGCUGUGAUCCAUAGUGAAGUUUCACCCCGGGAAUUUUAAAGAAGGAAUCACCGUGUGUUUGUGUGGCUAAAGGCCAAAGCUUCCCACCUCCAUCUUUCUACUUUGACUUCUCCGAUAUUAAUUGAACAAAUUACAAAGCAUUCAGCAACACAGAUGUCCAAAAUACUGUGUAAUUAUGCCGUUAAAGCAGACGACUUUUAGCUGUGUGUGUGCAGCGCUCAUACUUCCUAACAGUCUGUGACGUCAUGCGUACGCGUCAUCAUUACGCGACCGUUUUCAAGAAAAAACUCCCGGGAAAUUUAAAAUUGUAAUUUAGUAAACUAAAAAGGCCGUAUUGGCAUGUGUUGCAAUGUUAAUAUUUCAUCAUUGAUAUAUAAACUAUCAGACUGUGUGGUCGCUAGUAGUGGCUUUCAGUAGGACUUUAAAUGUGUGUUACUUAGAAUAUUUUCCCCAGUAUAGGUUCCCAAUACUGCCCGUAUUUUUCGGACUACAAGUCGUUUUUUUUCAUAGUUUGGCCGGGGGUGCGACUUAUACUCAGGAGCGACUUAUGUGUGGAAUUAUUAACACAUUACCGUAAAAUAUCAAAUGAUAUUAUUUAGUUAAUUCGCGUAAGAGACUAGAUGUAUAAGAUUUCAUGGGAUUAGGAGUGACAGAUAGUUUGGUAAAGGUAUAGCAUGUUCUAUAUGUUAUAGUUAUUUGAAUGACUCUUACCAUAAUAUGUUAGGUUAACAUAGCAGGCACCUUCUCAGUUGGUUAUUUAUGCCUCAUAUAACCUACACUUAUUCAGCCUGUUGUUCACUAUUAUUUAUUUAAUUUAAAUUGCCUUUCAAAUGUCUAUUCUUGGUGUUGGGUUUUAUCAAAUACAUUUCCCCCCAAAAAUGCCACUUAUACUCCAGUGCGACUUAUACAUGUUUUUUUUUUCCUUCUUUAUUAUGCAUUUUCGGCAGGUGCGACUUAUACUCCGGAACGACUCAUUCUCCGAAAAAUACGGUAAUCAAUGUUAAUAAGCAACUAAUUGAUGGUAAUUAUGUUCCCCAUACUAAAGUGUUACUUUAUAAUGAUAUAUCCCUUUAAAGCAGCGUCCUCUGCAGUGGACAUUUGUUGGCUCUUUUAUCCGUAACAUUGACUAAAUAAAUAAACCUGAAGACAGUGGUUCUCAGGAGGACAUUUAGUCUUUCUGGCCGCAAGAUCCUCAACAUCUGCUGAGGUCCUCUGAGCAGAAAGUCCCAAAUAUUGAAAACUCAUCUUAAAUUGUUUAGCCGGAAUUGACUUCAACGGUGUGCCUGUUAAAGCCUCGCCCCUAGCUGACAUUGUAUGGAAUUGUAUCGUUCAUCACUAAAGCAGACCCAUGGGCCCUCGAUUGUGUCGUAUGUUUGACUUUUUGGAGGAAAUCAUUCCACAUCAGAGCUUCACGGUGUUAGAGUUAUGUGUCAGGCGGUGAUGAAUGCAGUGGAGUGGCGCGAGCGAUCAGUAUUCAUCACAGCAGUCCAUGCCUGCUGGAUGAAUUGUACAACACACGCGUGUGAUCCAAUUUCCUGCAUCCCACUUUGAUGGUAUCGAGACAAACUGGCUAAUAUUUGACGCCAAUUUACUUUUAUGGCUGUCUUGAGGGGGAACCUCAUGAUGCCUUGUCACAGGAAGUCGCCACUUUCACCGCGGGGACACAUUUCCCUGACAAGGCUUGUAAAUAAAUAGCAAAUGCGUUAAUUCUUGCCAACUAUAUUAAAAUAUAUUUUUCAAAUGUAUGUUGUUGCCGACUUUAUUGGAAAUGUGUGCAAGGUUUUCUGCUCCUCACUCACUUACAUUUUUUUUUUUUAUGUCAGGUAAAUUCCCACAGAAGGAAGACAUUAAGUCAACAGACUGAAGGCGAACACGUGCACACCUUUAUGGCCCCUGGGUGGAGGUUAGGAACAUUUCAUUGUUUCAAGUCUACCUGUGUUCGUUAUCCUCUUUUUGAAGGGGAACACUCAUUCGUUUCAAAUAAUUUGAGCAGGUUUCAUCACCUGUAAUUGUGCACGUUUUUUUCGUCAAUUGACCCAAUUUAUCUACAACUACAACUCGUUUUUGUAUCUAACAUUGGUCAACUUACAGGUGCAACUUCUAUUUGAUUUGUCAACAGUUUUAAACACGAUUGACCAUUAUUUUCAUGUUGGACUUGUUCAGGUGCACUCGGGUAAAACUCAUUGUCAAAAUCGGUAUCAUUGUUUCUGUCAAUGGUUGUCAAUCCAGUCAAAAGUUAGUUGAUUGCGGUGUUCCACAAGGUUCCGUUUUAGGUCCACUUUGUUUCCCUAGUUUAAUUAAAAGUUAAACGCUGUAGUACCACUAAUAAUGGCACAGUGGGAGAGUGGCCGUGCGUAACCCGGGGGUCCCUUGUUCAAUCCCCACCUAGUACCAACCUUGUCACGUCCAUUGUGUCCUAAACAAGACACUUCACCCUUGUUCCUGAUGGGUGCUGGUUGGCGCCUUGCAUGGCAGCUCCCUCCAUCAGUGUGUGAAUGGGUAAAUGUGGAAGUAGUGUCAAAGCGCUUUGAGUACCUUGUUGGUAGAAAAGCGCUAUACAAGUACAACCCAUUUAUCAUUUAAUAGAAACACACACACACUAGGUGUGGUGAAAUUACUCUCUGUAUUUGACCCAUCCCCUUGUUCCACCCCCUGGGAGCUGAGGGGAGCAGUGAGCAGCAGCGGUGGCCACGCUCAGGAAUCAUUUUGGUGAUUUAACCCCUCAUUCCAACCUUUGAUGCUGAGUGCCAAGCAGGGAGUUAAUGGCUCCCAUUUUUAUAGUCUUUGUUAUGACUCGGCCGGGGUUUGAACUCACAACCUACAGAUCUCAGGGCGGACACUCUAACCACUAUGCCACUGAGCAGGUCUAACUCACUCACAAUUACAAUCAAAUCAAAAUUAGUAAUUUACCUCAACUUUGCUCAUUCUGUCAUGUUUAUCUCUCUUAUUUACAUUCCAAUUCCGAUACAUAACAGAUCAAAUGUCAUUUCCAAAUAAAAUGUAUUGAUAUCCAACAAUGAUUCAAUAACAAUAGGCUUAUGCUGUUUAGUACAAAAUGUGGUUUAUUUCACUAACCUGAGUUGCUUAUUCAUUUUAGCGAUGGACGUCCACUAGAAAGAAUGAAUGUAUUGUAAUACCUAGGUGGGCUACUCUAUGGAUCGACCCUGAUCUUACUUUCAAAACACACAGUACAGGCGUACAAUGCGUUUUCUUUAUUUGUUAGGACUAUUUACAUUGUAGAUUGUCACUGAAGGCAUUAAAACUAUAGCACCUUUGAAGUGAAACGCAUUUCAAGUGACUACCUCUUGAAGCUCAUGGAGAGAAUGCCAAGAGUGUGCAAAGCAGUAAUCAGAGCAAAGAAGAAACUAGAAUAUAAAACAUGUUUUCAGUUAUUUCAUAACUCCACAUGUUCAUAGUUUUGAUGCCUUCAGUGACAUCUACAAUGUAAAUAGUCAUGAAAAUAAAAACGCAUUGAAGGAGGUGUGUCCAAACUUUUGGCCUGUACUGUAUAUUGAUUUUAUUUGCGAGGAUUAAUGGCUGUUUGGCCUCUCUGCAAAUGAAUCUUGUUUUUUAGUUUUUAAUUGGCAAAAUAUUUUUUGCGAAAUUGUUUUUUCCCAUACUGGAUUAUGCUGUCGUCAACCAAAACACUACCAACUCUAUCCUCAAACCUUUCAAUAUUUUAUAGAAGUCCUUGUGCAGAUUUGUCUUGAGAUGUCCCUUUAGUACUCACCAUUAUCUUUUGUACAAGGCUGUUCAUUGGCCUAUCACUUUUGUUUAAUUUUCUAUGUAUCCAUUUAAAUGUUCCAUUGUACUUAAACUGCUUUUACAUUGCUCUCAGACAUACUGUAGGACUAAUUCAUUGUUUGCAGUCCCUAAAAUGUACUUUGAAAAAUAUUAAUCUUCCUUUCUCUUUAGUUUAUUACUUUUAUCUUUAGACUAGGGAUUUUCACACUGUGGUACACCGGCUCCACUUAGUGGUAUGUCAAAAAAUCCCUUGAUUGAAAGUACAGAGUUUUACUUUACAAUAUUCAAACAGUUUUACUGUUUUGACUGUGUGUAAUGUUACAGUGGCCAAAAUAUUAAUUACACUUAUAAAAUAAUUCCUUGUUUUUAAUAAAUAGUUAGGCCUACUACACUAGUGUAAUUUAUUGUUGGUCAUUAUGAUGAUACUUUGGGCUGUCAUGUAUUUUCCUGGGGGUACUUGGGGAAAAAAAAGCUUCAGAAGAACGACAUAUCAAAUUUAAGUACAUGAACAGCGUUAUUGUUUGAUUUGUUUUCCUCGCCUCCAAUUUGCAGUUGUAUCCUGCUCCUCCUAACAGUAUAUUGUAUUAUGUAUGGAGGCAGAAGAAGUGGUAAAACAUUUGUCUUUCAUUCUAAUACAUGUUUUUUUGUAUUUGUGUUGGGACUAUUCUUAUUCAUUUGAAAUUUCCAUAACUGAUUGCUAAUAUUGAGUACUGAGCCACAUGUAAAUACAUUUAUUGACAUUGCACUAUUUAUUUAUUACAAAAAAGAACUGAUCAUAUGGUAUGUACAGACUGGUGAUUCAUUUGAAACAAAUCAACAAGAAAAUGCUAGAAAACUAGAAACAAAAAAAAAAGUAUUGAUUUUUACAGCGCCGACUGGAAGAA